CUUCCUUCCUAUCCUAUCCUUUUCCUUCACCAGUCAAAAUCCCCAAUUCCCCAUCCAUAAAAAAGAAAAAGAAAAGACAAAACCCCCAGUUCCCAAAUUUCUCCCACUAUUUCUUCUUCUUCGGCUCCUCUCCCUUUUUCCUGCUCUCUCGUAAAUACACGUGGAAACUGCCUCCUCCCCCAGACAGGCAGAUACUCUCUCACUCUUCCCCUCCCAAAAGCCAAGUCGACCUCAAACUCUUUCUUUUCCUUUCCGGGUCUUUCCCCCCCUUUCCUGGCUUCAUCCAGAAUCUCGCCGUCGCAUCAGUCCGCUUUAGGGGAACCAGAUGGGGAAAAGUUGGGGAGCAAGCAGGGCGCCGACGGUGGGCUUGGCGAUUGCUUUGAUCAUUGCGGCGGCGUUACAUGGCUGCUUUUGCGCAACAGCUCCUGGGCUCAGGCUUCUCACCGGUGGUAAGAAGGCCGCCGCUGGUGCUGGCGGUACAAUUGGCCAUUCCGCCGUUUUCACCGUCAAUGGCAAUGUUUACCCACUUGGGUACUACUCUGUCUCGAUAAACAUAGGCAAUCCACCAAAGGCCUUCGAGCUAGAUAUCGACACUGGUAGCGACCUUACUUGGGUCCAAUGUGAUGCCCCUUGCACCGGCUGCACCAAGCCUCGCCAGAGUCUUUACAAGCCUAACAACAAUUUGAUCCCCUGUGGGCACAACCUUUGCUCUUCGAUUCACUCAACUGGAAAGAUCAAUUGUCCAGAGCCUAGUGAACAAUGUGACUAUGAGGUUGAAUAUGCUGAUCAUGGUUCAUCUCUUGGUGUGCUGGUAGCUGACAGCUUUCCCCUUCGCUUGAUCAAUGGCUCCUUCCUUAGCACCCGCCUAGGAUUUGGCUGUGGAUAUGAUCAGAAGAAUCCAAUCACAGGCACUCCUCCCACAGCAGGGGUCCUUGGGCUUGGGAGUGGCAAAGCAAGCAUUGUUACACAACUGAAGAACAUGGGACUAUUCCAGAAUGUGAUUGGCCACUGUUUUAGUGGACAAGGUGGUGGAUACCUAUUCCUCGGCAACUAUCUCGUGCCUUCCUCUGGUGUGAGCUGGACUCCUAUGUUGCAAACUGUCUCAGAGAAACACUACUCGGCCGGACCAGCUGAACUUCUCUUUGGUGGGAAGCAUACCGGUUUAAAUGGGCUACAGCUCAUUUUUGACAGUGGUAGCUCCUACACUUACUUCAAUUCUGCGGUCUACAAAAGCACACUCGAUAUGAUAAAGAAGGAUUUGAAUGGAAAGCUGAAGGAUGCACCAGAGGAAAAGGCACUUUCUGUCUGUUGGAAAGGUGCAAAGCCUGUCAAAUCUCUCCAAGAUGUAAAGAACCAUUUCAAACCCCUUGCUCUAAGCUUUACUAGGUCGAAGAAUGUUCAGCUCCUUGUACCACCAGAGAACUAUCUGAUUGUGACAAAGAGUGGAAAUGUGUGCUUGGGAAUCCUUAAUGGUGGCGAAGUCGGAUUGGGAAAUCUCAAUGUGAUUGGUGACAUUUUUAUGCAAGACAAAUUGAUGAUCUACGACAAUGAGAAGCGGCAAAUCGGAUGGAUCUCUUCCAACUGCAACAAGCUUCACAACUUGGUCGAAGGUGAAUAUAAUAAAGAAAUUUGUCAGCGUUAUGCCGUCAAUUUGGGGAUCCUUGAAGAGCAGCAGUGCCCUUCUUCUUGGACUUACUGAGAAGUCGCAAGCAAAGAAUGUAGUUAUAGAAGGAAAGGGAAUAGUAAUACCCUACGAUUUUGUCCAUGUUUAGCAUAAUUUCUUCUGUUGUUUGUAUUGUUAAACUGCCCAUCAUGGAAAUGGGCAUUAUAAAGAUGCAUAAGUACAUGUAAAUAGUGAAUUUCGGGUACCGAGUGUCCCCAGAAAAAGAGAGAAGGGUAGCCUUCGCCCUUCUGCCUACAACAUACAAGGACAUGCUGCUACAUGACUCUUUUGGUUGAUUGAUACGUAGAAACCCCAUAUAAAGAAAUAAUGGUUACAGUUUCUUGUGCCGGAAUGAAGAGGCCAAAUUCUGUUGGUUCACCAUGUUGCCUGUACAGAAACUCGG